AUGUCUCAUACCUUAGACCCUAAUGUUGCGGCUGUCCUCCCCGCUAAACAGGGCCAACUAACCAUCCAACAACGUCCUGUCCCAGUUCCCAAGGAAGGCGAACUACUGGUCCGCAAUGCCGCCGUCGCUGCGAACCCCUCAGACUGGAAGAUCCAAGCCCUCGGCCUCUCUACCAACUUUCCAGCUGUACUUGGUAGUGAUCUCAGCGGUGUCGUAGUCUCCGCGGGACCAGGUGUAACACGCUUCAAGCCCGGCGAUCGCGUCAUCGGGUUUGCUCUGGGUGUUAUAAGCGAAAACAUCGACAAGGCAGCCUUUCAAACCUAUACUCUACUUGAUGAAGUGGCGGUGACUCACUUACCCGACAACAUCAGCUUUAAGGAGGGUUCUGUGCUUCCCGUUGGAAUACUCACUGCGGCUAUCGCGGCGUUCGACGGUCUCGGACUGCCAAUGCGUGAGAAAGCUUCUAAGGAGGAUGGAGCGAUUCUGGUUUGGAGUGGUGCUUCGGCUGCUGGUGUCUCCGCAGUGCAGAUAGCACAUGCUCUGGGAUGGACUGUUUAUGCAACUGCAAGUCCCAAACAUCAUGGAUGGCUCAAGACCCUGGGCGCGACAGAUGCAUGGGACUAUCGCGACCGAGAAGUCGUGCAGAGGAUAGCUACAGCUUUGAAAGCUUCCGGAACAAAGAUUCGCGGCGUUAUCGACGCUAGAGCAGAAGGAAGCUCCUUCAGUUCAGUCGCGCAGAUACUGACCGCGGCUGACCUAACAACCGGAUGCAAGGCUACUGCACUGUUUCCAUGGCCAGAGGAAAUGUCGCUACCAGCUGGUAUUAAAGGACAUCACAUUAACUGCGUGGGGUUCACUGUCAUUCAUCCAGAUAUAGCAAGCUGGGUCUUCGGCGGCUGGUUGUCCAGGGCUCUCGAGGAUAGCAGGGUCAAGCCUGCACCGAGGGCUCGGAUUAUCGAAGGGGGAUUGGGGGCCGCACAAGAAAUGCUGAAUAUGCUUAGAGCCGGGGCAAGUGGCGAGAAGUUUGUCUUGAAGGUUUAA